AUGGAAGCUGGCACCUCUUUGCGCUAUUUUAGUGGCGAAGACUGCGACCAUAGAGAGUAUAGAAGAUGGAAACAAUGGGCUUUGAACAAGAUGCGCACCAUGGACAAGCUUCCUGAGGAAGCCAGAGGCUCGUUCCUGUGGACGCUUCUGACCGGCCGUGCUCUGGAGGUGGUAGAGCAUUUGAAGGAAAGUGAUUACCAAGUCAAGGGCGGCGAGGAGACCAUCCUCGACCUCCUUGACAAGAGAUGGCCAGAGCUCGAUCGCACAGACGAGAUCGGCGAGAACAUCGCCGAUGUGUUUGCCCUCAAGGCCCGGGAAGGCGAGAGCAUCCGACAGUGGUGCGCCCGCUCUCGGGAAUGCUUCGACAAGUGUGCCCGCAAGACGGGCGUCAAAUUCCCAGAAGAGGCCCGCGGCUGGAUCCUGCUCAAUUGCAGCGGGAUGAACGAAGAGCAACGCGCUGUCUGUUUGGCCAGGGCCCAAGGCGAGUUGAAGUUCGACACCCUCUCGCAGUCGAUGCGGUCGUGCUUUCCGGAAUACACUGAUAUGAAGAAGAGGCUGUUGGCCGCCACCUGGCGGGAGAAGCGAGCUGAACUGAACAUGGUCCAGAAGGGCCGGAAGUUUUCCACAGAAGUGUUGUUGGUGAGCAGCCCCGGUUUCGCAGUAUUGGACAGCGGAUGUGGGAAGACCAUCAUUGGCCGUUCCACGCUGGCGGCUUUUCAAGAGAUCUGGCGCCAGCAUGGGGUUCCACAGCCUGCGGAAAAGCCUGAACAGAACUGUUUUCGUUUUGGAAAUGGUGAACAGGAAGUCAGCCAGACCAUCGUGGAUCUUCCAGUGUUUUUGGCUGGACGUCCUGGCUAUGUGAAAGCCGCCGUGGUGAAAGGGAAGGCACCUUUGCUUUUGUCGAGACCAGCAUUGCAAAAGCUACAGGCCCGCUUAGACUUCGAUCGAGAUCGUUUGACCUUGUUUGAAGGUCAGUUCGAAGUGCCUCUCGAAGUGAACAGUGCCGGCCAGUAUACGAUCCCUGUCACGGCCUUUCCACCGAAUGCUCAAGCCCUGUUUCCUGCCGCGCCCAUGGUUGAGCCGACACCGAAUGAAUGGACCAUCGUGAUUCGUGGGUUGAGCCUCACUGUGCACACUCCAAGCAUGACAGAAGAGCAACUCAAUGUCAUGCAUUGGAAGGCCAAGCAGCACCGUCAGUUGAUGGCACAAGUCACCGCUGGGAUUUCCGACGCAGAGCUGACCGUGAACAGCUCAAGCAUCAUGUCCAGGUGGCUCUCUGAUCCGCAAGGCAUGCCAUCCGAGAUCAUUUGUGAUCCGCACCGUGCUAACAUCGCAGAUGCUUUUUCGUCCAUCCUUGAACAGGGCGGCGCCACGUUUAAGCUGACCGCGGCCGACGCCCAUUGGCAGUUAGGACAGCCCCAAUCGGUAGCUGAAAGACUUCAACGAUCACCAGUGCAACCAGACAUCAUCAUGACCGAGGGUUCGAAGCAUUCUGGUGAAGCCAGCGAAUCAACUUCAGUGGCCGACAAAGCAGCCGAUUUUCGUGAAGCUGAGCCGGCAGUCGAACAUGUCCGAAAGCCCAAAGACGGUGUGCCCGAGCCUCCGCCUCACGCGGAUGAACUUGACCCAAGCACCGGCUAUGGGCCAGCCAGUGCCACUGUGAAGAUGACCCAGGCAGAGUCCGAAGAGUGCUGCAAGCUUGUGCUGAAGGCACGCCAGUGUGGAGUGUGGGACGAGAUCCUGCGCCGAGUUCGGGAUUAUGAAGACAUCCGUCUGGAUGAAGCAUGGUUGGGUGCGAAAUCCGGCCCCAUGAGCGACGGUGCCAAGCGUUUGAGGGAUGAGAGAUCUUGCUCAACCGCUCCGACUUACAGUGGUGGAUCCAUGGCUUUGGCCACAGCUGCCCCGACGCCGUCGACAGCCAAGAUGCCCGGCACCCCGCAUGCCGAAGCUGACAAGUACCCACCAGGCAUUUCCAGCCUUGAGCAGUGGGGAAAGUGCAUGGUGGCUUUUGGUAAGUACAAGGGAGCCUUGUCGUAUUCUGAGCUGUUCGAAGGAACCGCCGACGGAAUGGCUGGGUACCGUGCUUGGUGCCUGAACCAUGCUCAGUCCGGCUCCGCAGCCCUCAAGGACUUGGUUGCAUACCUUGAGAUCCGUGGUUCGAGUGCUGGAGGAAGCCAGGAUGUGAUCCCCGGAUCAUCCAUUGCCAGGACUUUUAAGACUUGA